GUGUGUGUGUUUGUGUAUGAGAGGGGACCUGAAAAAUGGGCCUCAUGGUAAAAUAAAAGACUACUUGAGACUCUUGUUGGUGGAAAAACAGGGUGAUGUUAUCUAUAAAACAGGGUGAUCGCUGUGACGGGAUGUGUGUUGUGGUUGAUGAUGCUAAGAACACACGAGUUGAGAACAUAACCCCCCUGCCUUAAGACACUCCUACACUGCACACACACACACACACACACGCAUGCACAUACACACAUAAAUUGAGGACAUAACCCCCUGCCUUAAGACACUCCUACACUGCACACACACACACACACACGCAUGCACAUACACACACAAGUUGAGGACAUAACCCCCUGCCUUAAGACACUCCUACACUGCACAUGCACACACACACACGCACACACACACAUGCACUAUGGUGAACAGCCUGGCUUUCUGUAGAAUGGGUGUGCUGCUGGCUGUGUUCUCCAUGUCCAUGUCCACCUCAGUGGUGGUGCGUGAGGGUCAGUCGGUCCAGAUGAACUGUUCCCAUAGCGUGAGUGUGGAUGGGUUUAACUCAUUCAUCUGGCUGAAGCAACCCAGCCGGUCACCUCCAGUAUGUAUCCUGACCAUAAACUACUACCAAGGGCCCGACCGACUGAAAACAGAAUCCAUGAAGCCCUCUGCACGCUAUCAUAAUGGCUAUAGCGACGCUAACGCUAGCUGGACUCUGAAUGCACUGGCCUCCAUGUCUGCGUUAGAGAUCAGGAAUGUGAGUGUGUCUGACUCUGGACUUUACUACUGUGGGAAGAGUGAAGACGGAUGCAUGGACUUCCACAAUGUCACCUACUUAACCGUCACAGAUGAGUCUGACGCUGAACUUCUAGACACAGCAGAGGAGGGGCGGAGCUGGGAGUGUGGAACUGUGGUUCUAGUCCUGGGGGUUCUAAGUGCUGUUCUCAGUUUAGUGCUGGUCAUCCUGAUCCUGACCAAGUGCAGAGGUGGACAGAACUCAGCCUCUGGUCAUCACACAUCAUCUCCACCUGACCAGAUGCAGGAUUCAGACUCUCUGAACUAUGCAGCUCUGAGUGUCUCUGCCAACAAGAAGAGAAGAAGCAACUUACAGACUGACCACUCACAUGUGUUAUACGCAGCCACUAGAUAAAUGCUGAGUCAUGUGUGUUAUACGCAGCCACUAGAUAAAUGCUGAGUCAUGUGUGUUGUAUGCAGCCACUAGAUAAAUGCUGAGUCAUGUGUGUUGUAUACUGUCACUAUACUGUAUUUAUACAGCUCUGGAAACCAGACCUCUUAAGGAGACCACUGCACAUUUUUCUGAUGUCAUCCUAUGAUUGCUGAGUGAGUUGAAAAAUGAGUUGAUGGCCAUAUUCAAAUUUGCAGUGGACUCUUAAUUUUGAAUAUGACCGUCAACUCAUUCGAAUGUCAUUCAGCGACCUCAGCGUAGGAUGACAUCAGAAAAAUGUACAGUGGUCUCUUAAUUUUGUCAAGAGCUGAAUAUAUACACUGCUCACAUACAUUAUACAAUCACUGGAAUUGUAAUUUGAAAAUA